AUGAAGGUAAAGUGCUUUUUAUCUAUUUUGUUCCACAUUCUAUGUUUGAUUUCUAUUUUAACAUUACUUUUAAUUCUAUUGGUUUUUAUUUUUUUGAAAGGGGAUGUAAUAAAUUUUACCGAAAAGGAGGGGGAGAUGAUACAAAAAAUUAAAUGCAUUUUGUAUCUCUGUGUGGGAAUUCCAAUAGCUAUCAUCCAUCUGUUGAUGGCGAUGACAAUCGUAUUUGUUGCAAGACACAUCCGCUUGGCUAGAAGUGCUCAAAAAAGUAUAUAUCGAAGAAUGAAAUACUACAUCUUUCAUUUAGGAUACGCAAUGCUUAGGUUUUGGUUCUCAAAGAGCUUUACCGUUAUCUACUGUAAUGUGCCAAAAAAUCUACGGUCCUCACAUUUUAUCACAAUCUCAAAUCACGUCAGCGAUUUUGAUUGGAUGUUUGUUUCCUAUACGAUAGAGCAACUUGGAUAUUUUGAUAACCUUAUGAUCACAAUGAAAGCCUCAUUGAGGAAGGCGCCAUUUAUUGGAUAUCUGUUAGAGGCCUUUGAUUCAGUUUUCCUCGCGAGAAACGGAAAGCCCAGCGAUCCGAAUCAAGUUAACAACGAUCUUGAAAGUUUGCAACAAAGCUGUGAAAAAACAAUACAAGAAGGCGGAUUCUUGAACCCAUUGCUGUUCCCAGAAGGUACAUAUCUUUGUGCCGAGGAAUUUGAGAAGGCAAAAAAAUAUCAUGAAAGCAUACAA